AUGGCAGAUUCGAUAUUUUCUUCUAUUUCAGAUUUAUUAUUACUGGUCAGUGCCGUUUUGGCAGUGACGGGGAACGCUUUUGCCGAAAUACACGAAAUUCCCACAAAAUGUCCAGAAUCUGCAGGCAAAACCGUACAGCUCGCUCACAAACACGAUUGUACCAAGUUUUACGAGUGUUCCAAUGGACAGAAGCUACUCUCGAAUUGCCCAGAAUUUGCCCCGGGACAGAAGCUACAUUUCGACCCUGAACUUCAAAAUUGUACUUUCCCAUGGGAGGCAAAUUGCGCGUCAAGAGCUCCGGAUUGUUCAAAGGACGAAUUCAUACAACCUCAUUCCACCAACUGUAGCCUAUAUUACAAAUGCGAGAACGGGGAGAAAGUCUUAAAAAUGUGUGACGAGGGACAGCUAUUUAAUUUUGACUCUUUAGAAUGCGUAGACAAAGAUGCCGCCAAGUGUAAAGUUUACGAUUCAUGUCCAACAGGUAAGUUGUUGGAGGCUGUACUUCUCCCGCACUAUCGCGAAUCGCUGUAUUACGAAUGUAUCGAUGGACAAGAUGCUGUCAGACGGUGCCCAUCGGGCCAUGUAUUCGACAAUGAACUUAGGCAAUGUGUAUCUAAAGUUUAUUGUCCUGGAACCGGCACUAAGAGAAUUUCUCAUGAGACGGAUUGCGGUUUAUUUUACGAAUGCAUGGAUGGUGUUAAGGUAGAGAAAGCUUGCGAAGAUGGAUUGUCUUUCGACGAAUCCAAGGGCAUAUGUACUUGGUCUCCGAGACACGAGUGUUCGAAGGAAAAAAAUAUCAUAGAUUGUCCACCAGAGGGAUAUACAUUCUUACCACACGAAUGCUCUUGCACCAAAUAUUACUCUUGCGAAGACGGAGAGAGAUUUAUACAACAAUGCCCUGAAGGCAUGAUGUAUGAUUAUAUUAGAAAAGUUUGCGAUUUAUCGCGUACCGCCAUAUGUUGGAACCAAAUGUAUACUGACGACAAUUACCUAGAUCCAAAUUGUUAUAAUUCAACUGACUGUCCAAUCUAUAGCCAUGCUCGCUUCCCUCAUAAGGAGUGUAGGUUUUAUUACGAGUGCAAAGGGGGUGCGAAAUGUCUUCGGAGGUGUUCUGAAGGGCAUGUCUUCAAUCCAAAUCUCCAAUUGUGUGAUCUACCUAAGAACGUUCCCGGCUGCGGCGGUGGUGGCAGUAACGAACCUGACGAUACGACACCUAAUAAUACAGACAAUGAAUGCACUUGGUGUAAUUGUAAUAAUUGUAUUAUUCGGUCAGCUUAUCCAGAAGACUGUAAUCUGUAUUAUCAAUGUGAAAAUGGACAGAAAGUGAUAAAGCGUUGUCCUCGAAAUCUAGUAUUCGACCAUAUAAAUCAGAUUUGUGACUAUCAAGAAAAUGUACAUUGCAUACCCACAACUUCGAGCAUAACCACGCCCACGCCCACGACUCCCACUACGAAGCCGCCCCGUUGCAUUGAAGGACAGCGACUACAUCACGAGUGUCAAUGCAGUGAAUAUUACGAAUGUCACCACGAACGAUACCAAUGGUUCAGGUGUAGCCCAGGCAAAUGGUUUGAUUGGAUACUGUCAGAAUGUGUGGCACAAGACAUAGCUAACUGUUACCACCAUGAAAAUAAAGAUUGCGAAGGCACUUGUUCGUCAAGCACUAGCCGGUUGCCCCACAAGGACUGCGGCAAGUAUUGUACAUGCUACCGGGGAACCACCACAGUUGAAACCUGUCCCCGCCAUAUGUAUUACGACCGAGGUACACAAAACUGCCAGUGGCUAGAAGAUAUAAGUUACUGGAGGACGCAGUGUAAUCCUUCCGACUGUAGCUUCGGUAUCAAUUAUGUUCCUCAUGAAUGUAACUGUGACGGAUAUUAUAGCUGUUCAGGGAAUUCGAAAACAAUUGAAUGGUGUGGAAACGGGGAACACUUUGACUAUAGAACAGAAAGAUGCGUUGAUAGUAGAUAUGCUCACUGUUAUGUGAGCCCAUCAUGUGAAGCAAUUAAGAAAUGCGGAACCUGUGAGGCCACAAAACACAACACAAGUAGUUACGCAGAUGAUUGUCAAAAAUAUUGUAGAUGCAGCGGUAGGAACGUGUAUAUCGAGCACUGUGCCAGCGGUCUGUAUUACGACAUCCAGUCAGGAGAAUGUGCCUGGCCUGAAAACGUAAAUUUAACAUUAGGGCACUGCCCGCUCAUAACUGACUGUACCAGAACUUCCAAGUUUAUACCCCAUAAUUGUCAAUGUGAACGUUAUUAUGAAUGCAUAGAAGGAGUCAAAUAUCUCGCAGAAUGCCCUGGUGCAUCAUCUUUUGAUUAUGUACUCGGAACCUGUGUGAAUAAAGAGCCCCAUUGUUAUCAUGAAUUUUCGACACCUGAUAUAAUCAAUUCCUGUAUAGGGCACUGUCCGGAGCAGACGUCUUCUAGUCCGAUUGUCCGUUUGCAACACAAAGAUUGCAACAGAUACUGCGUAUGUUCAAUGGGAGCUCCUUAUAUCGUCAAUUGCCCUGAAUGUAGUCAGUAUGACAGUCAACUGCAGACCUGUGUACCUUCAAAUCUUUGCAACUGCGACCUACGGGCAAAGAAAACUUUGUGGUCGGAUAUACCAUUUGUGAGCAAUUUUCUUUAA